AUGGAUCCCGCCACACCGCAUCCAGACUACCUGCCCGGCGAUAUUGCCUGGGUGCUCACCUCAACAGCCCUCGUCUUCCUGAUGUGCCCCGGCCUGGGCCUCUUCUACGCCGGCAUGGCCCGCAUGAAGCACUCGCUCUCGCUCAUGAUGCUCACCGUCCUCUCCGUCGCCCUCGUCUCCAUCCAAUGGUAUUUUUGGGGCUUCUCCCUCACCUUCUCCGCCACCGGAGGUCCCUUCAUCGGAAACCUGGAUCAUUUCGUCGGUCGUGGUAUCAGCUGGGAGCCUCAUCCCAAUGCCCCCAAUAUCCCGAUGAGCGCCUUCUUCCUGUUCCAGCUCAUGUUUGCCGCCAUUACUCCUGCCCUUGCCUAUGGCGCCACUGCCGAGCGCAUGCGGAUCAUGCCCAGUAUCCUGUUUUUGUUUAUCUGGAGCACCCUUGUCUAUGAUGUCAUCACCUACUGGGUCUGGGGCCCCAACGGGUGGUUGACUGUAUUGGGUGUCAUGGACUAUGCCGGCGGUACUCCUGUCCACAUCAGUUCUGGAUCUGCUGCCGUCGCCUAUGCAAUGGUCUUGGGCAAGCGCAAGGACUACAACCACCCUUCGACCGUCCCUCACAACGUUGCGUUUGUCUUUAUCGGAACUGCCCUCCUUUGGUUUGGAUGGUUCGGAUUCAACGGAGGCUCUGCACUCGCUGCCAAUGCGCGUGGAAUUCAAACGAUCAUCAACUCUCACCUGUCAGCCUGUGUUGGAGGUCUCGUCUGGGUCAUGUUGGACUACCGUCACAACAAGAAGUUGACACUGAUUGGAUUUUGCACGGGUGCUGUUGCUGGUCUGGCUACGAUUACGCCUGGAUCGGGAUAUGUGUCGAGCUCGAGCUCGCUUGUCUUUGGCCUUGUCGGUGCUGGAGUCUGCAACCUCUGCGUUAGUUGGAAGUCCAAGUACCAUUUCGAUGAUGCCCUCGAUGUCUUUGCCGUCCACUAUGUCGGUGGCUUGAUUGGGCUGAUCUUGACAGGAAUCUUUGCCCAGCAAUCUAUCAUCGGCCUCUCCUAUCCCGUUGGAGCGACAAAUGUCCCCCUGGGAGGAUGGCUCGAUGGAAACUACCGCCAGGUCCUUAUCCAGAUGGCCGCCAUCGGAUCCGUCACCGCUUGGUCCUUUGUCGUUACCUACGGCAUCCUAGUCAUCAUGGACAAGAUCCCCGGCUUGCGUUUGCGUCUCAAGGACGAUGAGGAGGAGCUCGGAACAGAUAUGGCCCAGAUGGGUGAGACCGCCUAUGGAUUUAUGCCCCUGAUGAUGCGCAACCCCGACGAGGAGUCCGGCCUCGGAUCCGUGAACAGUAAAGGCGCCAACGAGAACAACAGUACCCUGAAACUGAACAAUCUCCAAACUGCUAACCAGCUUGGUAUCAACGGAGGAGCAGGGACACCUGCGAGCAGCGGAGCGAGUACGUUGGGAAAGGGAGGUAAUGCUGAUAUGAUCCGGGCUGGAGGAUCGACGACGACGUUGAGCUUGGAUCUGCAUGUGCCCCGGCCGGACGAGGACGAGGACCAUCCUAAACGGUUACCCCAGUUGAUCGAGAGUACUGCCAACAGCCGACUCUCACGUGUGCCCUCUCGUCAUGAUAAGAACGAGUACAUCGAAGACGGCGCCGAGAGCGAUGACAGCAGUGAAGGACGUUAA